AAUGUAAAUUUUUACAGCAUUGCACUUUCCUGAAUGUGUUCUUGAACGAAAAUUGCAUAGGCGGUUUAUUUGACAUGACAAUUUAGUUUUAAAAUUGAAAAGUUGAACAAGUUUCGUGCGGUUUAGUGUACGAUUUAUAAAAAUGUUGGAAAAGUACGAAGUAAAUUUAUUAGUCUCAAAUGUGGUGAACGAAUGCCGUUUUAGCCACUGCAGGUUAUGCCUAAGAGGUAUAGAAAAAGAGUACGUCACACUAAAAGAUUUUGUCGAGAUGGACUUUCUGACCGACGAUGCUCAGCUUCUUCCUGAAUUCUUUGGCCAGGUGCUUUCUUCGGAGAGUAAGGCUGAAGGAAAGAUCGCUGGCGUUGACGCUGUGUGCUUGAGCUGUGUUGAAAAUAUGCUUGAAAUGAUGACUUUCAUUAAAAUGUGUAAAAGUUCUAAUGACCUGCUACACAACGUUUUUAAUGGAUUAACAGAAGCAUUAAAUGUUGAACUUGAUACCACUAAUAAUAAAGCAGUCUACGUCUUUGUGGAAGAGCAUGAAUCUAAACUUCAUCCAGUUAAAAAAGACAAUACAGAUAAUGAGAAUUUUAAUGCACUGAAACUGAGACAUGAGAGGAAAACAAAACAAUACGAAUGUACAAAAUGUGACAUGUUGUUGGACAACCUGCUUGAAAUAAAAGCUCACAACUUUAGUUUUCAUUAUGAAAUUACCUGUGACGUUUGUUAUGAGAGUUUUUCAAAUGAGUUGGAUUUGGAAAAUCAUUCAGUUAUGGCACACCGAUACGGAUGCGACGAAUGCGGUAUUCGUAUGGACACUGACACAGAGCUGUUCAGUCACAUCAGAAAAAACCACAACGUUUAUGUGUGCAAAGACUGUGGAGUUUCCUGUGAAGGCGUUGACAAGCUGCAGAUACAUGAACGGAGGCAUCUUUUUUCCAAAAGAAGCAAAUGCCCUAAAUGUGGUAAACUAUACACUUCAAAGGAUUUCUUUGAAAGGCAUGUGAAAUUAUGUUUGGAGGAUAAGUUGGACCCGCAUCCGUUUAGAACUGAAAUUGUAAAAACAUAUAUUUGUGAUCUGUGCGGGAAGGGCUACAGUACCCCCGGCGGGCUCCGGGUCCACGAGAGGUUCACGCACGGCAACGCCAAGCCACAUGAAUGUGAAUAUUGCGGGAAGCAGUUCACCGCUCCCAGUUACCUGAAGACCCACAUGUUAAAACAUACAGGAGAGAAGAAUUUUAAGUGUACAAUAUGUAACAGAAGAUUUGUGUCUAAAGAAGCCUUAUUGUAUCAUACCAGAAGACACACUGGCGAGAAGCCGUAUUCUUGCAAGUAUUGCAACGAGAGGUUUGUUAAUGCGUCUGCUAGAGCGGAACAUGUGAAAUUUAAGCAUGUGGGUCCAAAACUGUCGUGCGAGAUCUGUUCCCGCAAGUUCGUGACGGCUUCCUUCUUGAAGCUGCACAUGAACAGGCACAGCGACCCCACCAGCAAGAUGUACGUGUCGCGGACGCUGCCGCCCAACAUGCCGGGCGAUGAAAAUAAAAAGAUUAGAUUUGCGAUCCUGAAAUAACAUAGGAUCUCAAUCAAACUUGUGAAUCUAUACUCAACAUCAAAUAAACCGCACCUUCCGCGACGCGAACUUUAACGAUUUUCUUCUGACACAAUCAUGGUGCCCCAAUAAUAUUGGUGUUAUUUGAAAGCCCAAUAAAUAUCCUUAAAGAAAAACACAUUUAAUUUCUUAAUAAAUGAUUAACAUAUACCAUAAAUGUGACUUGAAAAAAUACCUCACUUUGGGCCCACCUAUGGGCUCAAUUAGACCAAUUUUUAUGGUUAUAAAACCAAAUAAUGAUCUCACGUGUCCUCUUUAACAGAUGGAUAGCGAUUAAUCCCAACUUAACAGUUUUAUAGCCAUAAAAGUUGGCUCUAGCGUAACUACCUAUUUUUUGAAGAAGUGACUGGAUCCUUCUAAAGACACAUUUUUGGGGUAAAAACCUUUCCUUUAAUGAAAUGAAGGUUAGAACUAGGCUUUCAAAUGGUGCCAAUAUUGGUGGGAAGUGGGGAAGCAUACGUUUGAAAAUGCUUGUCGCGGGAGGUGCGAUUUAUUUGAUGUCGAGUGUAGUUUGAAAAAUAAUAUACCAUAAUAGACUGAAAUAGAAGCAAUAAAUUGAAUCAUAUGUUUAAUCUGGAAAUCAUAUCUUUCAUAGAAUCAUAAUCAAAUUAGUUACUGAAAUAGUGCCUGAUUAGAGUCUGAGAAAGCAGCAAUGAGUUGAAGGAUUUGUUUAAUCCGAAAUCUAGGUAUUUAUUGUAUUUGUGUUUCAAUAAUGAAAUUACUUAUGUCUUUAUACACACACUGUAAAUUAUUUUUUAUAAAGUACAUAAUGCACAAA